CAGGCGGGUGACGGCAGUUCUUGCCCGAAAGGAGCAGACGAGCUGCGCGUGCUCACUGCUAAUCGGCAGCGGCCUUCCCGACUUGGUGUUGACCCUGAAGCGUGAGACGAGAGAAAAAGUGGCUUCGGGUAUGGGUUUAAAAUAAACCAACAAAGAGAAGAUCUAACCCGAAUGAGCUCAGUCUCUGAAGAUCUUGGUUGCAGACGUGGAGAGUUCAGCAGGAAGCACUAUGGAUCCGUGGAGCUUCUUAUAUCUAGUGAUGCUGAUGGAGCUAUUCAGAGAGCUGGACGAUUCCGUGUGGAAAAUGGCUCCGCUGAUGAGAAUACAGGCUACACUCCAGGUACAUGGCACAGGACAGAUGUGCAUUUGGAAAAUCCAGAGUAUUAUACAAGAUGGUAUUUCAAAUAUUUUUUAGGAAAAGUUCAUCAAAAUUAUAUAGGUACAGACUCAGAGAAGAACCCUUUCUUUCUGUCUGUUGUACUUUCUGACCAAAAUAAUCAGCGUGUUCCUCAAUACCAUUCAAUUCUUUGGAGAAAAACGGGUACUCAGAAAAUAUGUCUCCCUUACAGUCCCACAAAAACAUUAUCAGUGAAAUCUAUAUUAAGCGCAAUGAGUCUUGAGAAAUUUGAGAAAGGGCCAAGGGAAAUUUUUCAUCCUGAUAUACAGAAGGAUUUAUUGGUUCUUGAAGAGCAAGAGGUAAAUGGAUCUGUGAAUUUUAAAUUUGGAGUCCUUUAUGCUAAGGAUGGGCAGCUUACAGAUGAUGAAAUGUUCAGCAAUGAAACUGGAAGUGAAAGCUUUCAAAGAUUUUUGCAUCUCUUGGGUGACACGAUUACUUUGAAAGGCUGGACAGGCUACAGAGGGGGACUGGACACAAAAAAUGAUACCACAGGAACCUUUUCCAUCUAUACAGUUUACCAAGGGCAUGAAAUUAUGUUCCAUGUUUCAACAAUGCUACCAUAUUCUAGAGAGAACAAACAGCAGGUAGAAAGGAAGCGGCAUAUUGGAAAUGACAUUGUCACUAUCGUAUUUCAGGAAGGAGAAGAGACUGCUCCAGCAUUCAAGCCAUCCAUGAUUCGCUCUCAUUUUACACAUAUUUUUGCCUUAGUGAGAUAUAAUAAGGAGAAUGAUAGUUACAGGCUAAAAAUAUUUUCAGAAGAAAGCGUUCCUCUCUUUGGGCCUCCACUUCCAUCCCCACCUGUGUUUACAAAUCACCAGGAAUUCAGGGAUUUUGUUUUGGUUAAAUUAAUAAAUGGGGAAAAAGCCACCUUGGAAACACCAACGUUUUCUCAGAAACGUCAGCGCACUCUAGACAUGCUGAUCCGCUCUUUAUACCAGGACCUGAUGCCUGAUCUACACAAGAACAUGCUGAACAGGAGGUCCUUCAGUGAUGUGUUACCAGAGUCUCCAAAAUCAACACGGAAGAAGGAGGAAGCUCGGCAAGCAGAAUUUGUCCGACUUGGUCAGGCACUCAAACUGAAAACUGGUGUGAAAGGGGAUACACCAGCUACCUUGGCAAAUACAAGCUUUUGUAAAAAGGAGCCUUGGGAGUCCCAGUCUUUCUGCAGUAAUUUUCCUCAUGAGGUCAUCUGUGCAGAUUCUUGGGGCCGGUCCUUACUGGUUUCUACAGAUGCUGGCGUCUUGUUAAUAGAUGAUGGUCAAACUGCUGUUCAAGUAUUUGAUAAAACUCUGCAAAUAAAGCAGAUGCAUGUGUUGGAAGCUCUGGAUUAUUUGAUUGCCCGAACAGAUAAAGGGAAAGACUCCCGUCUCCUUGUCUUCAGAUUGAGUUCAGUCCGAAAAGAUAUAGAAACAAAGCAGGUGAUAAGAAGCAAAUAUGACUGCAGAGAAAAUAAAUUGGAGAGAACAAAAGGCUGCCAUUUAUAUGCUAUUAAUACUCACCAUGGCGGUGAACUGAGGAUUGUUGUGGCUAUUCGGAACAAACUACUUCUCAUCAUAAAGAAAUACAAUCCAUGCAACAGUUUAACAGGCAGCUCUCCAUCAUUAUCUGAAUCUCCAUUAGAGGAGUUCCAGUAUAUCCGGGAAAUAUGCCUUUCUGACCCUCCAGUGAUUAUGACGCUAGUUGAUGGACCUACUGAAGACAGUGACAAUAUGAUUUGUGUAGCUUAUCGGCAUCAGUUUGAUUUAGUUAACGAAAGUACUGGGGAGUCCUACAGACUGCAUCAUAUUGAAGCAAACAAGGUUAAUUUUGUUGCAGCUAUUGAUGUAUAUGAAGAUGGUGAAGCUGGUCUACUAUUAUGUUAUAACUAUGUUUGCCAGUAUAGAAAAGUGUAUCCGUUUAAUGGUGGUUCUCCGCUGAUUCAGCCAUCAGCUUAUGAUUUUCACUUUUGCUGGAAUCAAGUUCCUUAUGCUGUUGUCUGUGCUUUCCCUUACAUACUUGCCUUCACUACUGAUUCCAUUGAAAUACGUUUAGUGGUGAAUGGAAACUUAGUCCACACAGCAGUUGUGCCUGAGCUUCAACUUGUAGCAUCAAGGUCGGAUAUUUAUUUUAAAGCUACUGCUGCAGUAAGCGGAUCAUCUCAUAGCAGUUCUAAGGAAAUCAGUUCAAGAAGUUCACCUCAAACACCUACAGCUUAUGAUAUGCCAGAAUGUUCUCUUUCUUCUUCAGAAGUUUCAGGUGAAGUUACAUGUAAAAACUUGUAUAAAAUUCCUCUUAGUAAUCUGGUAGGGCGAAGCAUUGAACGACCUCUGAAGUCACCUUUGACUCCUAAAGUCGUCACUACUCCAACAUCCGGUGGCAUUACCUCUCUUCCUGUUACUCACUCACUAUCCUUAUCUCGCAUGGAAAUUAAAGAAAUUGCAAACAGAACACGUAAAGAAUUGCUGGGCCUCUUGGAUGAGCCUAUUCCCAAGACAGAAGGUUCACAGAAGCAAAAAAAGAUUCCUCGAAGACAGUCAGACCCCAAGCAGGGAGCAGUAAGAUCAACUAGUAGUGACAGUGACUUUUGUCUUCAUCUUUGCAGAAUAAUCUCAGCCUCUUUCGAAAGCUAUUCUGAGGGUCGUCAUCUUUCCACUAGUUCAGAUCCUGAUUCUGUAGCAAACAGGGAGGAGAGCUCACCAUUUAGCUAUCCAUUUCAUCUGACUUCUUUAUCUGAUGAAGACAUCAUUGACUUGAAGUGAAGACAGACAAGACUGUUCCUUACUUCACCUUUUCUUACAACUCUGUGAGCUCUGUAGGAAUGUCACAAACAGUGCUUCUAGUGGUAAAAUGUGGCUGGAAGUAUUGGUGAUUAAUCUUUAUAGGUCUCAUGUUGUUCUGGCUUGCUUAGCCUGGUUUGGUGAUGCUUGCAUCUUUGAUGUCUGUUUGUUUUCUUAUUUUAGUUAAUGAACUAUUACUUUUCUGUGGUAUUUUAAAGGUAGGUUAUCAAUGAGAGCUUCAGGCUGAAAUUGAAGUAAAUAAAAAGUAUUUCUUAUUCUGAGCUACCUGAAGUAGCAUUCUGUAAAGUUAAUUGCUGUUACUAAUGUUGUGAGUUCUUUUACAGCAGUGCGUGCGAUGUAGGAAGAAGAAUUUUGUAAUGAAAAUCACUCCUUUUGUUGUUUUUAUUUAAUCUAAAAAAAAAAAAAAAAAAAAAAAAUACUUCUAGGCAAGAUCUUCUCAAACAGUGCAGUCUGUCCUGGAAAUGAUGCAGCUGUUUUUUGUUCAGUGAAGAAUCAAGAAUAUUCUAUAAAGAUCAGGUGACAUAUGAACAUGCUUUUUUCUCUGACCUGUCUGUGUACAUAUUUUUAGAGGAACUUGAAAACUGUUUUGGCAUUAAGAAUCUUUGAGUAGAAGGAGUCUUAUUUAAAAACAAACAAACAGAAAAAAAAAAAAAAAACAAAACCACACAGAUCUUCCUUAAAAAUUUAAAGUCAAAAUUAAACUAUAUUUCUCCAUCUAGUGGAACAACUUUUCUGUAAUGCACCUUGAGAUUUCCUCAUUACAGGCGGAAGCCACCCCCUAAUUCUGGUUAUGGAAAGAUUCCUGUGCAGGCGUCAAAAUUUGUUGUUUGCUCUUGUAUCAACAAUAGAAGUCACUGCUUCAGAUAAACAUUUUUCUAAGUGGACCAGACUAAAAUUUUACUGCUAGGAAGCUAGUUUUCUAUGAUGAAAUAGCCUUAGAAAAUCUUUUGUCUUGUUAAAGGACAAAAUUUCAUCAUUAAGCUUGAUUAUUUUUUUUAACCCUUCUGUCUAUGCCAAAAAGUCAAUUUUAAACAAUAUUUUGAAAGAGUUUGCUGUCUUUCAUGAAAAUGUGAUGCUUCCAGGCUUUUUAUAUAGAAAGAUGUGGGCUUUAUUAGCAGGUAUUUCUUGCUGCUUAUGUAGACAUAGUUCUGUAUCCUUGAUUUUUUUAUUUUUUUUUAAUAUGUAGUAUAUGUAAGCAUGACCAUGUGAUGAUUUCUGCCUUUUGCUUCUGCCUGUCUGAAUGUGAAACUUUUUGGAAAAUUUUUCAUGCCCUGUUUAUUGUAUUAUGAUAGAUUAAUAUCUCCACCUAAGAAAAUAUGCAAGGCCAUAACUUAAAAGAAUAACUUCUUUUUCUUGAGCAAGAAAAGAAGCAAUAAUUUAAGCAGUACUUUGUUCAGGAGCAGAAGCAGUAUUAACCAGUGACUGCUUUUUUUUUUUUUUUUUUUUUUUAUUAUUCUUUGGGCAACCAUGGAUGUGUGGGGUGAGCCUUAAUAAACUUCUGAAAGGAAGUGCCACCUUAAAGUCUUUGCAGGAGCUUGUAAUUCUGUUCAGAAUGUUUUCAGAGGCCAUAGUCAUUUAUCCCAACCUAUCUGUCUUGUCAGUUGAGAUUUGAGAAGAAUUGGUCUGGAAGUAUCAUAUGGUCCUUAUCCUGCUGGAAGUUGUGAACACUUUCGUGGACUUAAUGAAUCCACUUUAGGAAGCACUGUUGGCACUUAGAUAUUUUUAGAAAGCAGAAGCAUUGCUGUUUUCAGUACACAAAUUUCAGAGCGUAGUACUUAAUUUCUUUUGUGUGGGUGUUUUUGAAGUCUGUACCAGUUUGUUUUGCUGCAAAACUCAGGCUUGAUUUAAAAUAAUAUUUCAACUGGAAAAUUUGCUUAGUGAUUUUGGAAUAUCACAUCGUAAAUGUACUGCAGAAGUUCACUUCUGUUAUUCUAGCAUAAUUUAACAUAAGUGAAGAACCUGAACAAACGUGUUAAAAGACAUGGAAAGACCCUUAUAGAUGGAGCACUGUAGAAGAAUAGAGAAAGUCUGACAGUACCUGACCCCUGCCUAUGGUGGUAGGCAGAAUGAUAAAAGAUUGGUAUUUGUGUCAAACCAAUAUGUGACAAUACGUAGAUGGGGUAUAAGGCAAGAAUUACUUUGUUUAAGCAGAACCACAACACUGCCAACAGAGAGAAGCUUUGUAGUUCUACCCGUAAUAGCAACAUUGAUGACAUCUAACCAAUACUAAAAGUGACAAAAGGAUUGUAAGGAAUACAGCAUUUACAUUUUAUGUGAGACAAAAAAAUGAAGACUAGCUUCAUGGUAUUUAUCUGGAACAAAACAUUGGAAUAGUUUGAAGAUGGCAACAUAGUUGCUGUGUCAACUCACUUGUCUUAACCCUGCCUCUUCUGACCCACCAGCUGAAUUUUAUGAUAUAGCUUGACUUAAUGGGUCAACUGUUAUGUUAGUCACAUUGGAAACUACCAGACCUAAAAGAAUUAAUACUCACGUAGGACAGGCAAGAUCUGAACAGUGGAAAAAUUACCUGUCUCCAUUCCUAAUGUAUGUAGUGCCUUAACAAUAACAUUUUUCCUUCUGUAAUUAAUCAGUAUGCCAUAUAGGCAUGCAAGAAUAAUAUUAGACCUAGUAAAAGGAGAUGAAGAGGUCAGGCAAUGCUGAUUUUUAAUAUUACUCCUAGAUGUGGUAACUAAGGCUUUAUGGUCACAUUCAUGUCAUUUAUUACCUACUUACUGUCAGAGAAUAUCCUGGAGCGUGGGUAGAAGACAGGGAAUGUGGUAGUUUUGCUUGGAUUUUGUUUGAUGCAAGCCACAAGAACCAAACUGUGAAAUUCUUUAUGACAUUUGUCUUACCUAAAAGACAAAAUAACACAAAAUGUGAAGCUGCUAGGACAACUGACAAAUAGCCACUGUACAAGGAUGUGGUUUCUGUUGGCUUAAAACUGUCAUCAGACUCUCACAUACUAUGUGCAUCUUUGUGUGAUGAAAUGUUGUCCUCAGAACUAGCAGUCUCAAAAUAGGACAAAGUUUUAAUACAUCUGUGUAAUCUCUUCUUCAGACCAAUGUCAAGUGACCAGGGAAAAUGAAAUGGCUUCCUGGAAGGCUACUUGGAUGGACUGCUAUGCUGUUGUUCACUCCAGUCCCUUGAAGCCAUGUUAUUUCCUCUCCUGUCUGCAAUGUGCAUGCUUCUAUUCAAUUAGCUUGGAAAGUAGCCUUGGGCACAAAAAGCAUAGCCCUUUCUAUCUCAAGUACAGCCUUUCUGAUUUUCACAUCUUGUGUUAAAACUGCCAUUUACCGGUGUUCUUGGUGUUGGCUGACCAACAUAUAUUUGAGAGAAAAUAUUUGGAACUGCAGCAAGGAUGGGUAGUAGCUUCAUCUAAUGGAGAACACUGGAAAAUAAGCUUGCUACCACCACAUCCAGUAGAAGUGUGGAAAAGUCUUUCUGUGAAGGAUGAGCUGUUACCAGCUUGAAUGCUUGCUAUCAAGCUAAGUUAAACUAAAAGUCAAUUCUGGACUCUUAACACAGAUAAGGCGCUGCUAGAAGUGUUUAGUGUCCUAGUUUGCUGGAUUUGUUGGAGGAGGAGGGCUUUUAACUUCUCCUGGAUAAUGGAAUUAUCAUCAUUUCUGCACAGUACCUUAGUCUGACUAAAUUACAGGAAUUUAGUUUACUCUGGUUCAAGAAGCAGGACUGAACAGACAGCUAACUUAGAAUGGACUUGUGCCUUCUCAAUAGCAUCAGUGAUACAUAUACAAUCACAGGAUGGAUAAAGUUGGAAGAGACCAGAGGAGAUCAUCUAGCCCAAAACUCACCCCCACAUAUCUCCAUUCAAAACUACAUAAACUAGAGCAGCUUGUUCAGUAUCAUGUUAUUGAAUUUUGAUUCAGUUCAAGAAUGAAUAAGCAGCAUUUUCAACAACUCAUCAUCCUUUUAUUACAUUUACUUUAUAACAUGCCUGUGAACCAUCACAACUUUGAAUAGGACUCAAGAGCCCUGGGACACAUUAGUUUAUUCCUUCCCACAUGCAUAAUAUGUGGCUCUUAAGGCUGAAGCUUGAUGAGUCCUUCCCAAGGUCUUUACAGCUUGGCAUUUAGGAACUCCAGAACAGAGAUUAAACCUACUUGGGAUCCAGACUAACUGUCCUUUCUUUCUAGUCUCAGAAAUGGAAAGUAAUGAAAUGUUUCCUUCUGAGGAGAGAGAAAGACUGAAGUGUACGAUGAGGAAGGGCUAAGUGCUCCCAAGAUGGUAAAAGAUAGAUUCUAGAUUGAAUGAACAAAUAUGAUUAAUAGCUUCAGUUGCUUGGUUUGCAAAUGACAGGUUGACCUGUCCUGGUUACAAUUGUUUCCUAGUUUGGAGCUAUUUUUUUUUAAUUUGUUCUGGCUUUUUUGUGUUGGUUGUUUGUUUGUUACGUUUGUUUUUGAAAUGCAUGACUGGAUGUCAGCUGGCACCCAGAAUGAGUCGCAAUUCUGCUGUCUGCUUUCAUGUGACUUUCUAUACAUAUGCAAGUAUGCAAGCAUUUGUGAUUGACUGAUAGAUUCAAAUUUCAAAGUAUUUCUUGAUUCAAAGUAUUUUUAGAUGGUCAACUGAAUAAACGUUAAAACAGUUCUUAGUAAGGCAAAUAACAGGUUAGAUUGCACCCACAAGAAGCAUAGCACUGUUAUGUACACCUAAGGUUGCUGUGCCUGCCCUUUCCUCUCUGUUGUUGUAGGUGUCUUUAGAUAAGCCACAAACUCCUGCAGGCCUUUCUAAAAAUGUGCAUUUAUGACUUGCAUUUGCAGAUGCAAGAGCUUCCCCAGAGCUUUUGGCUUAGUCUGCGUUCGAGACAUAGUCUUUUCAGUUUGGAUGUUUUAACAUGUGUAUAUACAUGUGUGUGUCAUACUGAAUAGUGUCAUUAUUAACAACUUUGAUGUCAUGUGCCCAGUGCUUGCUAAUUCUGUAAAAGCACUUUUCUCAGAAAUCCAAGCAUAGCCUGAUUUUUGUGGGGAAACAGGUUAUACUCUGAGAACUAAAUACACUGCAUUAACAAUAUGAGGGAGCUUCUGUGACAGUAUGCAGCAAGCACACAGGAUAAAAAGUACGGAUACUGUUACUACAGUUGAUCACAGCCAUUUCACCAGUCUGCUUAAUGACUAGAUGCUUCACUUUGUUGUUGCACACCUGCAACUGACUGACUACUUCUUUGCUAGUGAAAAUUAUAUUAGAUUAAUGAUCUGACGGAAAAAACUGAGAUUAUUUUUCUCUUAUUUAUUUAUAGCUCUAUUACAUAUUUAACUGGUUGGAUGGAAAUGUUGUCUCUAAAGGUUUUUGUAAGAAAGUGUAAUCAACGUGCAAUGUCAGUUUUAACAGAGACUUUGAAUGUUAGUGGGCUGUUUUGUAAUUUAGUAACUGCCGUGUUAAGACAGAUGCUGAGUCUGUGAUCAAAACCUCUUUACUACCACUUGUCUUAAAUGCCAGUGUAUUACCAUUGUGUUUAAUGUCAUGUGAUAGUGCAUAUGCUUUGUGUUUUAGAUGUAGCAUCUAAAUAGAAACAUUCCUGUCACAGCUGGAAAUGUUUUAAGUGCGAUUUAUUGUUAUUGUGGAGGAGGAAGAAGUGAUUCACUUCUUCAUAUGUAAUAAAUUUUACAUCAGUUCUUUCUUUCAAA